AUGUUUACAGGAAAAGAAAUGGACAAACUAAAGCAUCCAUCUUUUAAGCCGUUAGAAGUUAUUUGGAACAGAAAUACCAGUACUCAUAAACCAAAAUUAUUACCAGAAUUAAAAGGAAUUAAUAUAGAAGAUAGUGUUGAAAAAGUUAAAAAAUCGGCUAGAUCUCCGGAUGUCAAAACCAAUGAAAAUAAAACAGAACAUGUUCACAAACGUGUAAAAAGAAGUUUAUUCCCAGAAGAUAAAAUAGGAAAAGUAUGCAAACAUUCAGACUCAGAAGAACUAAAUAAGAAACUUUGUAAAACUUUUGAUUAUGCAAAUUGCCUACGAAAAAGACCCUAUAGCAUAUACAAAGCAUCUCAAUUAAAAUGUCCUACCAAGUCCCACCAAAUUGUAUCAAACCGAAAAAAUACAAUAAGAAAUCAAGAUGCUGCAUUGCCUAAAUCGAAACAGUGUUUAUUUCCAACAAAAAUUGUCAAAACUGAAAUUUCGUCGUCACAUACGGUUAAUGAUUCAUCGGUCAUGAAACCAUCGUGUACUAAAGAUCAACCGAAUGCACGCACUAAAGUUGUCGGUUGUUCUAAAUCUCCCGAGAUUAUGUCGAAUCGAAAACGAGACGUUAUGUCCAACAAUUUGAAGGAGACUGAUGUUUCUAGUUACGAAAGGUUGAAUAUGAACUAUAAGACGUGUAUUAACAUACCAAUUGACCAAGUACCAGAAAAAAUAAAUGAAAAAUAUAAAAAUGUAAAUACACACAUAAGUAAAAUGGAAUCAAAAUUAAACUAUGUACAUUCUGAAGAUAUUAUUGAAAAUUCCGAAAAAAUAGCUUUGCCCGUUAAGAAAAAAAAAAAAAAAAAAAAAAAUCGGAUUCUUAACAAAAAAAAUAAGAUCAAAAACUUUGACAAUGGUAAAGUACCAGAAUGUAAGACAUUUACCAAUGGCAAAAAUGAAAUAAAUUUACGAACAAAUGAAAUUCGAAAAAGUACAGAAAUAUCAACAAACGUUAAAACUGCAUUUUGUGAUGAAAUUAAUUUUGAUUCUUUAGAUAUUAUCAAUACGGAAAAUAUUUUGGUGUCUCCUAUAACUGAGUUAAAAACUGAAAGUUACUGCAGGGAACCUAAAAAAUCAAUAAUUAUGUUACAAGAAGAUCAAAAUCAAGGACCAGCAAAAUUAUGUAUAAUUAAUGAUGAUAAUGAAAGAUAUUCAGACACUUCUUUAACACAUUCAUCUUUGAAAACAAAAGAAUUUGCCAAAAAUACAGUUAAAGAAUAUUCAAAAAUCUUUAAACAUCAUAAAGAAAAGCUUUUCAAUCAGAAUGAAGAUAAUAUUAUGUCAUUUAUGCAUUCAUCCGAAAUAAGUGUAAUCCCUGCCACUCCUGAACAUGAAGCCAUGAAUGUGGACAAUUCCAUAGACCAGUACUCUCCUGAAACCAUUUUAAGUCCGUACGUUCCAUUGAUUGAAGUCGAUCAAUCGCCUAAAACUCCAGACGGAAGAAAUAGUCAAGUACUCAUUCAAUCUGUUCAAACUCCACCAAAUGUUGAUGGGACAACAUUACCAGGUUUAUUUGAACCUAUAGCUUCUCCAACACAGUCCUUUGUCAAUAAUGAACUGCUAUUUAAAAUUGACUCGGUAGAAUCACCUAGAGCUAUUCAUGAAAAUAAUGAUAUUAUCUUUUCACCCAAAAUAAAUAGGAAAAAAUCAGACAAUAGCCCAUUAUCACCUAAUCGUUUCGACUCUGCUAAAAAACGUAAAAAAAUGAGUAAGGAUGGAUUGAGAGGAAAAUUUCGAGAUCUUAUUAACCGUAAAAAAUCUGAAGCUCGUAUUCGAGAAUAUGAGAAAAGCUUGUCUAAAAGUUAUAAACCAAAACAAGGUGAAACUGCAGUAUUAAAGGUCAUUGAAGCAUGGAAGGAAUUUAGAAUGAUUGUUCUACUUUGUUACUACAUGAAAUCUGAUAAGGAAGUUCAAAGAGUGUUAGUAACUCUAGACAAUUGUCCUUUAAAUGCUGCCAAGAAUAGUAUAAUACGUAUAUACUCUCCAUGGCUGACAAUUAAAUCUGACAUUACUGAAGUAUUAUUGUUUAUUGGAAUCAUUCACGCUGAAGUAAUUGAAUUCUCAGAAUCCAUCACUAGGCCUCUUGAGCUUGUAGAAGGAAAUACAGAUCUCAUUGAAUUACAGACAACUAAAUUUCAAAAUAAAGUUUUAUGGAAAUGCAAUUGUUCUAAAGAUGCUGCCUGUCAAUGCUUGGGAGAAUUAAGUGUUUACAAUUAUUUGCAGUACAUGAUUCCUCAUUACGAUCCAUUCAUAUAG